CAUUUCUUCCCCCCUCGUUGCGUCCCGUCGGUCUCGACGACGCCUGCGCGGUUGCUGGAUCGCUCGGUCGAGAUGGGGCGGCUGGGCAAGUUCGAGAUAAAGCGGAUCCAGGACGCGACCGGCAGGCAGGUGUGCUACUCCAAGCGGCGGUCGGGGAUCAUGAAGAAGGCCCGGGAGCUCGCCGUGCUCUGCGACGCCCAGGUCGCCGUCGUCGUGCUCUCCUCCACCGGCAAGCACCACCACUUCUGCAGCGACGGCGCCGAGUACGCACGCAGCCAACUCACUCCAUGCAUCCGAUCCAUCAUCAAGGGGAUCUUGAACCGCUACCAGCAGGCCACCGGGACCAGCCUGUGGACCGAGCAGGAUGAGGAAAUGCAGCGCACCCUGAGCCGGCUCAAGGACAUCAACCGGAACCUGCGCACCGAGAUCAGGCAAAGGAUGGGGGAAGAUCUGGACGCGCUGGAGUUCGGGGAGCUGCGCGGGCUUGAGCAAAGUGUCGACGCCGCUCUCGAGGUGGUUCGCCAGAGGAAGUAUCAGGUGAUCACCAGGCAGACUGAAACCUACAAGAGGAAGGUGAAGCACUCCCAGAAGGUAUACAAGAGUCUGCAGCAGGAGCUGAGCAUGCGCGAGGACCCCGUGUUCGGGUUCAUGGACAACCCGGCGUUCGGGUUCAUGGACAACCCGAUGAUGGGCGGGUGGGACGGCGUGGCGGCGGUGGAGAUGGGCGGUGGCGGCUCGGAGGCGGACAUGUACGCCUUCCACGCGGUGUCCAGCCAGCUCGAUCUGCACGGCAUGGCCUACCGCCGCUCCGACUGCCCGCUCUUUGGUUAA